AUGAUUCCAUUGGUGCCACUAUUACUCGAACAAUGUGUCGGUGAAGAUGGUGUAGAUUUAUCAGUUGUUGAUGAUUGUCUACGAGCACGUCCAGCAGCACAUCGUUGUAUGUUUGUUCGUUCGAAAAGAUUUUCAACAUCAAAUUGGCUUAAACAACAUCCAUUGUCCUUGACUCCCGAAGUUAAUCACGCACCUGUUUAUCAUCAUGAUAUCGUGAAAAUUUGUGUUGAUUUAAAAUUUCUAUUAUUUGGCAAUUUUCUAUAUUUACUGAUAUUACUUGCACAAAUUUCAUUUGUAUGUCUACAUACUGGUGUUGCAUUGAGUUCAUCAACACCGCCACACUCGUAUUAUGAUGUAUCAGAUAUAACAUGUAAACAACUAUGUGAAAAAUUAAUAUACGAUCAAAAACAUUCUCUAAAAAGCAAUGGGCUACGUCAAUUUCUACGUGCUUUAUUAUUAAUCUGUUCGAUAAUUGUAUUAUUGAAAGAACUUUUAAAAUUAGUAACACAGCGUGAAAAAUAUCUACGUGGUUUUUUUUGUUAA